AUGGAUCCGGAUGUUGCGGAUGUCGACGGACUUUCAGCUGAAGCUGCAGAGGAUAUCUCGUCGGAAACGCGACAGCCUGAAGCCGUUGCCCUCGCAACAGGGUACCUGCGUCAGGUUCACGACGGUCAUGGGGUUGGUAGUGCGGUUGAUCCCGAGGAGAGCUCUACAGGCCAGCGGAAACCUGACAAAACAAUCGCGGGUGAGGGCACGGCAAGAUCCGCCGCCGAGACCGCCGAUGAUGAUGUAGUCGCGGAGAAGCUCCCCCCAGAUGACAACGCACCCGAAGGUGGUUAUCAUGUCCAGGCAGGAGAAACGCCAGCUGUUGAUGCUACUGGUGCAUCUACUUCUCCGGAUGCGGCCCAGUUACCAACACUCAACAGCGGUGCGGCCUCGCUGCAAGAUUCGCCUGCUCCCGCCAGCACCACCUCCGUUUCCAGCCAAGGAGGUGGCGGCGAGACCGACGAGGAAGAGCGAAGCUCCACUGAAGGAAACCAGCACGGACAGGCCGAGCCGCACAGCAGCCCCGACGAAGUGGAUAAUUCGAACGACCUGCCGUCCAAGUUGCACCGACUCUGGGGAACGUCUCCCCCAGACCGCGCCGAGGGGCUCGCGGUAUUGAGGAACAUGCUAGGGUACCGAAAAGAUCUUGACGGUAUCCUUUCCAGACAUGUGCCCACCAAGGGCCCUAGAUACACGAGGCCUUUCCAUGGAAACGACUACCGGGCGUCGUCACCAUUUUCCAAUCCGCGCCCAUUCACGGUUGCCACCCUAGCCGGUCGAUUCGCCCCCACCGUAACCAACCCUUCGGAGCUGAGGGAGAGGGUGGGGACGCGGGUGAGGGUGGUGACGGCGGCGGGGUUAAGGGUGGGCCUGGCCCGGCGGGUGUUCGCUCGGGAGCCACUGCUUCCCUCGGACGUUGAGGCCGAGGAAGAGCGGCAGUCCCGCCAACAGCCCGAUGCUUCCCCCGCGCCUGUCGACGUCGAGGACCUCCGCGCGCUUGUGGUGCCCGUGCGCGCCUCCGCUUCGUCUGCGCCCGAGAUGUCCCCGGAAGGGGGGCCGGCGCCAUACCCGUCUAUGGCCGAGGUGUCUUCCGUGAUGUGGUGUGAGUACGACGAGGACGACGAAGAAGGCGGUGGUGACGGAGGGAGAAGGCGAACGUCGGCCGAGAGCAGCCCGGGGAAGAAACGUCUACUCCGGGUUUCCGUGCAGACGCUGGACGGUGACGUCUGCGACGACGAAGACGAGGACUCAGAGAGCGACGACGGCGACUCGGAAACGGACGUCGAAACCGACAUCGAAACCGACUUCGGCGAAACCGAGGAGGGUUCCUUUUUCGAUACGGCGUCGCCGCAGCAGGGACGGGAGAGCACCGGUGCUCGAGGCACCGCUGCUGGUCGCAGCAGAGGAGGAGAUUUGUCGGAGGGGGGGCGGGGGAACGCGGAAGGAGCUAGGCGGACGUCUGGUAUGAGAAACAGUAAGGCUAGGGAGGAGGAACUCGAUGAGGUCGAGUACCAGAGAAAGGAAGAGGUGGCCUCGGUGCUGAGGAGACUGCGAGUGGCUAUUCGACGAAUGGACGGCACUUGGACAGAGGAAAAGGUUCGUUCGAUGGCGAAGCGGGUGGUUCGUAUGGCGGUGAUGACGGCGUCUAAGAGCGAGCUGGUCACCACCACGGCGGCAAGGGGUGCGCUCCGAGGGCUGGGGGACAGGACUCGGCUCAGGCGGCAGCAGGCCCAACGCGGCGGGGCCGGCAGUGGAGACGUUGGAUGGGUGACGGUCUACGUGGGAGUAGGAAGGUGGGGGCCCAACUUUUUCGGCCCUGGGUUUGCCGUGGAGACGCAAGAAAAGUACCGCCUUGGCUGGCUAAGCCUGUCGUCCCAACCGGCCGCAGGCAUGAUGGGAGGCGGGGGGGCAUCGGGAAACGCUCCCGCUUCCGAGCAGCGUCGGGUGGGCGGGGCAGGCGUGCGCCGAGGAGCUUGGGCUGGACGGCGCGGCUUCUUCGGGCUCGGGCGGCGAAGGAAUAGUCAACGGCGAGAGGAUGACGACGAAGCUGGCAUCGAAGGCUGGGUGGGAAGCUUGACGUGCAACUACUGUGAAGGCCAUCCCUUGGGAGACGUACCCAGUGCUGGAGCUUGCGGCGAGCAACAGGGCAUCGCCUUCAAAACCGCAGACAGCGGUAUUCGCAAUUCUCCGGUGGAGCAACAUGCCACCUCUACUGCCGUCCCUCUAAAUAUUUCUGGAGAGGAAGAAGGCGACGAAGUCUUCUCUGAAGCCCGAGGCACACCGGUGACAGUAGCCGAGAGCGACAACGACGACGACCGAACCUCACAAGAGAAUGCCGCGGCACUAGGCAGCAUGAGGACACCCCCAAACAGCACCCUGCCCCGGGAAGCCAGCGGCGGGAGCUUGCGGGUGGGUAGCGGGAACGCGGUUGAGGAGAAAGAGGAGCAAGAAGAGUGGUGCACCGGUCACGUUUGCUUAAGGCUUCGUCCCGACGGGCUAAGAGAGAGGCGGAGGGGCAGCACUAGCGGGGCGGGGAUGGGACUCGGGGGUGAUGCGGAGGAAGGCUCUGAGGAUGAGUCCGGGAGUGAUACCGAUCCUGCUUCCGGUUCGGACGGCGAGAAUCUCGAGGAUCUAGAUGGAAUCGAUGUCGAGGGGGUGAGCGGCAGCACCAUGCGAGAACCUCCCAGCGAAGGCAACGGCCGGACCAACCGCGGGAGCAGAGGCGUACCGCUCUCGAGCAUCACGACGAGCCUAUUCGAGGGAGAGAGGAGGAACAGUGGGGAUCCCUGCGGCGUCUCCUCAGAGAAGAGCUCCAAAUCGCUGGAGGUGUUUGCAUGGGGAGAUAACGCCGGCGGUUGCUUGGGGCUUCCGGCAGACACCUCGGCCGGUUUGCUGCCGCGGGUCCUGCAGCCGUUCGGGCUCCUGCCCGGCGAGAGGGUCGUGGCGGUGUGCUGCAGUGAGAGGCACUCCCUCUUGGUGACGGGUAUGGGAUCGGUCUAUUCCGCCGGAGACGGCACGGAUGGUGCCUUGGGUCUGGGCGGUCGAGAGAGCAGCGACGAGUUCCGCCUCGUCGAGUGGUUUGCAGAACAGAUGCCUCCGCCGAAGGUGUGCCAGGCCUCAGCCGGGAGUGAUCUGAUUGGCUGCCACAGCGCGGCUCUGGAUGCGGACGGGAGGCUCUUCACGUGGGGAGUCGGGGCGGCCACCGGACACGCAUCGCUGAAGCCAGUGCUUCUUCCAAGGGAGAUGGAAACACUAGGCGGUUUCGGAACGGGAAGCGAAGCUCGUGACGCCGACGGCCGGCCGGCGGGCUUGAGGUCCAGAGCGAAGGGGGUGUCUUGUGGGGGAGGCUUCACUCUAGCCGUUACAAACGGUGGCAAGGUGUUUGCCUGGGGCUCGUGGGCGCGGGGCCGCCUCGGCCUGGGAAGGCCUCCCGAACGCACAAUCGGGCGCAAGAAGAAAGUCCCCCGCUUCCAGGGAACGCCUCGAAAGGUCUCCGGUCUUGGGCGGUCGCCGGCCGUUCAGGUGGCUGCCGGUGCAUGGCACGGGAUGGCGCUCACCGAAGACGGAGAAGUGUUCACGUGGGGUCACAACGCUUCAGGCCAGCUCGGAUUCUUGGUCACGCCUUCUCCAGCGAGCCAGCACCGACAGCAUCAGCACCAGCCUGCUACAACGAACACACCUACGGCAGCAACGUCUACGACGAGCCUGUCGGAAAUGCUACGGGCUUCGUGGACGCCGGUCAAGCUCCCCGCUUUCGGAAAAACCUCCGAGCCUCGCGAGAAACUGCAAAGGGCACCGGUGGCGGACGAGGUCUUGCCUGGGGUAGGACGCGAAGAGAGCCUCUUGCGAAAGAUCGUGCACAUCGCCUGCGGACCGGAACACUCCAUCGCGAUCGACUCUGGCGGCGCUGCCUGGACGUGGGGCGCGGAGGGUAGGGCAUGUCUUGGGCACGGGGAGGCCGGCUUCGGAGCCCCUGGUGGAGGAACGGCGGUCGCGGCGGAGGCCAAAGCGAAAGCGAUGGGGCUUGCCGGAGAAGGCGGCGGGACCGACAACCGCCAAACACAAACCUUCAUCCCGCUCUCGCGGGAACGCGAGGUAUCCCGGGCGCGCGCUCGCCGGGCGUUGGCCGGUGGGUGGGCCGUUCCGCGCGAGAUCGCCUCCCUUGCUUCUCCGCCCCCGCCUCCUAAAACGACGGCGUCAAACACCCGCGACACGCGGGAGGGAACUGGGAGGGUGAAGGUAGUCGCCGCCGCCUGCGGGUUCAGCCACACGGCCCUCGUGACCGAAGACGGGAGGAUGUACCUGUUCGGGGAAGGGGCCGCGUUGGCCGGAGGCGACCUUCAAGCUCUGGAAGGGGAAAAUGGAGGCGUUCUCGAGGGGACAGGACUGAGAGAGGCCGGGGGCCUUGUGCGGCGGCGGUGUUCGGAGGGAGGAGAAGAUCAUGGGGGGCUCGAUGCCGUAGCGGCUCUUUCAGCGGUGGCGGGACCGACCCCGGUCCCCAGGGAGACGUGUUCAUCUUGGUUUCCUACCUUGGCGGCGCGGCGGGUGGCGGCGGUGGCCUGCGGUGGGCAGCACGCCUUUGCUCUUCUCGCCGGAGAUCGAAUCGGGUACACCCUAGGCAUGGAUCUUUUUCGAGCAGCCAUGGGCACCGAGCGACACCUUCCGGGUGGCCCCGCAUCAUCAGAAAGAGGCGUCCUUCGUUCGGGGGAAGGGUCCGUGGACGAAGACGGGGAGGGGGCGGUCGGCUGGGCGAGAGGCGGGGUGGACUGCGAGCUCCUCGUGGCCGGGAGCUAUCUCUACGCUCACCGGGUUGUGCUGGCGAGGCGGUCGCCGGUCCUGAGGGACAUGAUCGCCCAGGAAGAACGUCCAGCGAUCAGCGGCGAUGACGGCGACGACGACGGCUUGACCCCUCCUCUGCAGCUACUCCUCCCCGACAUCCGCUUCGACGUCGCCCGCGCCCUCCUGGAGUUCCUCUACACCGGCGAGCUGCGCCGCUCGCUUGACCUGGACUCUCCGCUGCCGUACGACCUGCGAGCGGCGGCCAAGUCGUACGGGGUUUCGAGGCUGGAGGUGUUGUGCACGGAGGCGAUCUCGCUCGGCGCUGACCCUGGGGAGGGCGGCCCGGACGCUGGGUGGGGAGAGGUCGUGCCACCGCCCUCCUUGGCCGGCGAUCUCGGCGAGGCGCUGGGAACCAUGGAGCACGCGGACGUCAAAUUCGUCGCCGGAGGCAGGCCCAUCUACGCGCACCGGGCGGUGCUGGCGUGCCAAAGCGAGUACUUCGCCGCCAUGUUCCGGUUCAGGGAUCAAAUGAGGCGCGGUGCUGCCGACACCUCUAGCGGGAGAGACGAGCACGGGGGCCACUCCACCGCGAUGGCGGAGAUCGUUGUGCCAGACUCCUACGCCGGCUUCGUCCGGCUCCUGCUCUUCUUGUACACGGGAGUGUUGCCGGACGCUAACCCUGAGUCCGUUCUGGAGGACCUCGUCUGUGCGGACCGAUACCGGCUGUUGGGGAUGAAGAGCGUCUCCCAAAGCAUGGUUCGCCUUGCUGCCGGCAGCUGCUUGCAGGUGCUUCUCUCGCGGUUGCACGCCACGGCGGCGAACACCUCCGCGGUGUCCUCAGCGGCGGCAAGGCAAAAACGCCUCUACGCCCGCAGCCGGGAGCAAAGGGUCGAAGCGGAUGGCCACGGAAAGUCCAAUGGGUUGGUAGAAGACGGCGGCGAUCCUUCCUUCAGGGCGGACUCCCCCUUCCCGUGGGGCGCCGCGCUGGUGGCCGUGGCCUGCGGGACGAUCUACUACAAGGUCUCCAAUGUUGUGGCGGUGGGCAUGUUCGUGCCCGUCGUGAACGGCGUGUUUCUCGUCUGCCUCGCCGCGUUCGCCUUUCACAAGAUCAGAGACAAGGGGCUGUUUGAGGGUGGUCGCGAGAAGAGGAUCCACCGGAGGCGACAGCUGCAGCAGGGAAGGGGGCGGGUCGUGAGGAAACGUGGGGGCUGGAGGGAGAGGAGGCGGGAGGCGGCCGGGGGCAGUGGUCGUGGUGGGAGCACCUAUCUCUUCGGAUAG